AUGACGCUUGCCAAAUCCAUAAAAACCCCACAAAGCGGAUGUGCUAUUAGUUGCACUUUGCAGGUGAUGAAGCUGAGGUUCAGAGCAUACAAGACAGUAUCAGGAGUUAAUGGUCCACUAGUGAUCUUAGAUCAUGUUAAGUUUCCCAGAUAUGCUGAGAUUGUGCACUUAACACUACCUGAUGGCACGAAGAGGAGUGGGCAAGUUCUAGAAGUUAGUGGUUCCAAAGCAGUGGUUCAGGUAUUUGAAGGGACUUCAGGUAUAGAUGCCAAGAAGACAUCCUGUGAGUUUACUGGGGAUAUUCUCCGAACGCCAGUGUCUGAGGAUAUGCUUGGUCGGGUAUUCAAUGGAUCAGGAAAACCCAUCGACAGAGGUCCUGUUGUACUGGCUGAAGACUUCCUUGAUAUCAUGGGCCAGCCAAUCAAUCCUCAGUGUCGGAUCUAUCCAGAGGAGAUGAUUCAGACCGGCAUUUCAUAUUUACAUAUGGAUGGAGCAUUUUCUGUUAGUUCAGUCUGGCCCUCUGAUUUUAUUCCUGCAAGGAGAAAGGAAAUGCCUCGUAUGUUUAAGGUCACAGCUUCCCAGCUCUCAGCACCUAGCGAUAGAUAUUCAAUCCCAAUCUUAGCAGCUAGCGAGAAUGAGAAGAGUGAGUGGGUGGGCGUGCUGCGUGAAUUGCACAAAAUAUUGAGAAAAAGUCAUUCCAGAGACCGCUCAGUCUAUGUUCUGAAAGAGGCUUAUGACAGCAAUCUACCCCUGAUCAAAACCACCCAGACAGCUGCAAUCAUAGAUCACAAAAGAAUCGCUCUGGGAAAUGAAGAAGGGUUAUUUGUUGUCCACGUUACCAUAGAUGAAAUUAUUCGCAUUGGCUACGUGAAGAAGAUUCACCAGAUUGAGCUUAUCCCCCAUGGCCAGAUGGUUGCAGUGAUCUCAGGACGAAGUCACCAUGUGCAGCUGUUUCCCAUGUCAGCUUUGGAUGGACGAAAGACUGAUAUUCACAAGCUGGCAGAAACCAAAGGGUGCCAGACCGUGACUUCUGGAACAGUGUGCCAAGGGGCCCAUACAUGCCUCUGUGUGGCUAGGAAAAGCCAAAUCUUCUGUUACAAGCUGUUUCAGAGCAAGAAAAUUUCUCACAGAAAAUUUAAAGAGCUCCAAAUCCCAACCAAUGUCCAGUGGAUGGGCAUCUUCAGCGAACAGCUCUGUGUAGGAUUCCAAUAAGGAUUCCUGAGAUACCCCUUGAGGAGAGAAGGAAUUCCAUACAGGAUGCUGCACUCCCAUGACCCUACACUGUCAUUUAUUUCACAUCAACCAGUGGAUGCUCUCUGUGCAAUUGAGAUCUCUAGUGUUGAGUAUCUGUUAUGUUUUAAGAGCAUUGGAAUUUACACUGACAGCAGGGGCCUCAGAUCUAGGCCAGUUGAACUGAUGUGGCCAGCAACUCCAAGUUAUUGCCGUUACAAUGCCCCCUAUCUCUCAGUGUACAGUGAAAAUGCAGUGGAUAUCAUUGAUGUGAACUCCAUGGAAUGGAUCCAAACCAUCCCCCUCAAGAAGGUUCAACCCUUGAAUAGUGAAGGAUCCCUAAAUAUUUUGCUUUUGGAGACAAUUAGAUUAAUAUAUUUCAAAAAUAAGAAGACAAAUGGAGAUGAGCUGGUAUUUCCCGAAACAUCAGAUAAUCAACAGAAGCAAAUGGUCCGACACCACAGCAGCAAGCAUCGUUAUUCCUUCAGGGUUCCCAGAGGGAAAGGGAUGCUACUGAAGGGGCUAUGA